UUUAAAUUAGUGGGAGGGGAGCCUUUUCUGUCACUGAUCAGUGACUUGACUUCCUUCUCUCUGGCUCAGCAGCACUCCAGAACAGAGAAAUUGACUGGUGCUAGUCUCUUUCACAGCAGUAGCGUUUCAUACAAUCCAGCUCCCACACUGGAUUCGUUUUGUGCUCCGGCACUCACCUAACAACAUGAGCGCAGGGGAUGUGGUCUGCACAGGCUGGCUCAUCAAAUCACCUCCAGAAAAGAAAUUAAAGAGAUAUGCUUGGCGGAAGCGCUGGUUCGUGCUGCGUCAGGGGCGGAUGAGUGGAAACCCUGAUGUCUUGGAGUACUACCGCAACAAGAACUCCAAAAAGCCUCUGCGCGUGAUCAACCUGAAUGAGUGUGGGGUCCGCAUGCACACGCGCUCCGACGCCGCCGUGGUCAAGAAGGAGUUCAUGAAUAACCACGUCUUCGUGGUGAAGACCUCCUUCCGCACCUUCUACCUGGUGGCCAAGACCCAGGAGGAGAUGAACACCUGGGUGCACAACAUCAGCCAGAUCUGCCACUUCGGGCCCCUGGAUGAUGGGUCAGAUUCAGUGGAGAGUCUUUCCCAGACUGCCUCCUCUCUGCAGCCCUCUCCCUCGGCCUCCAACCACACCUCCAGGAUCACAGACGACAUCUCGUUCUUGGCGCACGACCUCACAGCCGACACGGACACCAACACCACGGAGGAGAGCCACAGCGAGUCUGACUCCAGUCUGCCCCCGGACUACCUCUUCCUGUCACAGUGCGAGAGCGGGAGAAUCAACAUCCCCAGGUGUAGCACUUGGUCACAAACAGACAGGUGGCUGGAGCAGAAUUCAUCAGACAGCGUGUUUGAAGACGUGAUCCUUUCCCCGCUCAGCUCCUAUCAGCCCCAGUCUCCAUUCUCGCCUCUGGACACAGCACUCUCGUCCUCCACAGACCCUAGCACCUUCACACUACUCGAGCAUGGCGCCUCAUCCCGGGACUUCACCUCUUCAUCACCCCUGACUGCCCACCCCCAGCCCCAGAUCUUCCAGUUCGAUAAGAACCUUGUCGCCUCCGCUCUGGGGGGCACUCCAGACGGGAGCACGCCCCCGCCACGGCCCCCCAAGCCCAAGAGCUUCUCUGAGCGACGGCAAGAGGAGUUCACGGCCCACACGAUGCUCGUGAACGGAAAUGGUGCCUACGCUGUGCCGGCAACCAGUGUGCAGCGAAGAAUCUCCCUGUCCGGUCUGGAUAACGUCAGGAGAGUUGAAUUUGAAGGGAUCUCUAUAAGGAGCCAGGACAAGAGGUUGAGUCUUAAUUUGCCCAGGAGGGUUCCCGCAUACAGUCCAAGCCCAGUGGACGUACCGGAGGACAGUUAUGUGCCCAUGAACCCUGGAGCCUCUCCCCCCAUUUCUACCUUCGACUGCCCCUCCGAUGGGUACAUCCCCAUGAGCCCCACCAACGUAAAGUUCCUGUUGUCCAACUCAAACACAGAGCUGGAACCUCCCCCAGUGAAACGGCACCUGAAACCCCUCCAGAGAGCAAGGCCUCCGCCACUGGAUCUGAGAGGCCUUACCACGAUCAGGGAACAUCCCAUCCAUAUGCCUCUCAUAAGAUCAUCGACAGAGCCUUUUCCUUGCAACCCAGCACCAGGAAGAGCUACAGCCAGUGCUACAUUCGGGGAAGAAGACAACAGCUUCACUCCAGGGGAGCAUUCGCAUAGGAAUUCUCCCGUCAAUACGCAAAUGUUCUUUCCUUUGCCAAGAAAAUCUAACCUGGACUAUCUGGCUCUGGACUUCAACUCAGCAUCUCCUUCUCCUGUUCAGAAGAAACCCAUGCUUGCUGAUGAGAUGAGGGUGGACUACGUCCAGGUGGACGAGCAGAAGACGCAGGCCCUUCAGAACACUAAGCAGGAGUGGACAGACGUGAGGCAGUCAAAAGUUUGAACAAAACUUUUGAAUUCCUACUGAAAAACUCACCAGCACUGGACCAUGAGAUUACAAGGGAAACCACAGUCCAGUUAGACUAGACAGUAAGAAAAACCUGGAACCGACAGUCAGUGCUACUCUGUGUCCCAAACACGUUAAUGUUUCAUUCUUCAGGAUCUUCGUAUCUCCAGCCUCAGACUUGUAAACCGGCUUUUUCAUUUUUUUACAAAUCAAGAAACAUCCUUGUUUGCGUUACUAAUUCUGAGAGUGCUUGUAAGACCUUCAGUUAGAUUAGGAAUCUGGAGUCAAAUCUGUUUAGAUCAUUAGACUAGAUACUCUUAUCGGUAGCAUUGCCGUUACCACACCCUUAUCAGCAGUGUUGUGGUCAUGUCCUUUUUAUUUAUGUCCACUCAUUAUCUUUUUGGCUGAAUCUUUCACCCUGAGCUAUUUCAUGUUUAAACUUCUUUUAAAAAAAAUGUUAUUACACAACACACUAACACUAAACUUUGCCUAAUAUUUGGUUGCUAAGGGUAUUAUCAUGUAGCAUUAGCCCUUUGAAAAGCAUUAACCUUAGGCAUUCAUCUAUGCUGGAAUACUGUAACCAAACUCAUGUUAUAAUAUAUUACAACCUUAA